ACCGUUAGAGGGCCUACACCAUUAUUUUUGUUCCUUUCCUUCUCGCUCGUUCUCGUAAACUAUAAAAUCUUGAUUUCUGAUUCGAAUCGUAUAUAGCUGCUGGUUGAAUGAGAACAAAGUACUUCAAUAUUAUUCGUAAAGUCGCCGGAAGCAAAAUGACAUAUCCAUUUUUAGAGGACUGGGAUACGAUAAAAUUCAUGCAGAAUUCUCGUGUUAUGGUCUUCCUCAGUGGUUUUGGUACAAAAGAUGAUGAGCAGAGUUCACUGUCAAGAAAAAUCAUCGAUAGAUUUCCAAAAUCAUCGAUAAAUUUACAGUUUUCUAGUAAAGUGUGUAAGCCUCUUCACAAAGCUAUUAAGGAUAACGUUCAGACAAUCGUCAUCGACCAUGCUUCAGACGACGUUGAACACAUGCAGCAGAUUUAUACAGUUGCCCAUGAAAACAGUUACAUCGAAUUAGCACUAAAGGCUGAUUGUAAGGGGAUUUCAAGGUAUCGAGCCAUUGUUCCGACUUUUUAUGGUUGGUUUUUGAACUACGACGCUUCUCGGGAAGUGAGGGAGAAAGGUCAGUCGCUGCUCUUAGACAGUUUUGCAGUCAAAGAAUUUGCUGAUGACUUUAGAAAACAAAUUGACGAUUCUCCUAAAGAUUUGCAAGAUCAUUUCAGUACGAAAGAGCUUGACGUUGGUGGCACAAUGCUUCACUGCACAUCCCUGCACUAUACAAGGGAUGGAUUCGAACAGUAUAAUGAACGUGUAGGUCCAUCUGUUGGCCGUGUUUAUCAGAUUGAGGUCAUUGGAUUUUUGAUAACGCCACGAACAUUUGGUGCUCGGCUCAAACUCGACAAACAUGCCAAAGAAUUAUGGGAAAAUGGUGACAUACCCUGUGGAUGGGAACCAUCUAAAUUCUCACCUACUAAUGGUAGUGCCAGCAAAGCUCACUUGACGUUAGAGACUGGUCCAGGAGUACAGGCGCUUCAAACUGGUCUGGACUUGGCAGAUUUGGUUAAACUGGAAGUUAGAGCACAACAUGAGGGUAAAGGCGAUAGGAUCCCAAUGUACAACAUUCAAAAUGCUACACUACGUAACUAUGGUAAAGGCCAAGCUAUGGUUUACCUCAAUGAACCUAUGCCUUUUUCAUUUUUGUUUUCUGGCUACAAUCUGAAGAAAUGAUCAGCUCAAUCAUUACAAUAGUUGAGACUAUGAAUUCUUAGUUUCACGACCACAUUAGAGAGAAUCCUUUAAGAUACAGGUAAACUCUAGCUGUAGUUGAAAUACAGUUUACACCAUGUUUACAGAAUUUAGGCCUUUUUCAGAAAAAAAUAAAAAUUCAUCACCAUUUCAACUCAUGAUUUCCCCGUUUUCAAAACAUUAAUUUUAUUCCUUUAUCAGAGCAAACAAUUUGUCAAAUUAUCAACGAAACUGAAUUGUAAAAUUAUUGAACAAUUAUUUUGCUAGUAAUAGAUUAUUAGAGGAAAAAUAUAUAAAGGUAAGAUUAAAUUAGUUGAAAUUUGUUCAGGUAUUCAAUGAAAAAUCAUCCUAAAAUAAAUCCAAGACAAACUUAACACAACAAAACAGACAUAAAUUAUAAAUAUAGACUUUCAUAAAUUAUUGCUUGAGGAAUCGAAAACUUUGACAUUAAUCCGAUUCUCGAAAUUUACAAACUGUUUGCUAGCUAAGAACUUCCCGAAUGCUCUCUCUCUUCCCUUCCCUCUCUUCGCCCCUAAGGGUCCCUUCGUGUCUGUGCUACCUGGUAACCCGGUACCAGCAACUCUCGUCGUCCACCACAGGGGCUGUCUGUAUCACCUUAUUUUAAUCCAAAAUACGUUUGCCGUUCAUUCAACUCAAACAGUUUUGUAGUUAUACUGUAUAUAGUUAAAGUUUUUUGGAAAUACACACAUUAACAUUUUCCAAAAUUUCAAUUUACAUUUAGUGGGGUAGUCUCAUAUAUAUAGUAUCAUAAGUUGAUGUAAUAUUAUCAAGCCACAUUCAUUUUGCUGUAUCUGUUAAAAAUACAUACAAUAAUUUUGAGCUUAUUGAUAAUGGUGGAAUUAUUAGGUCAUUUAGUGUAUCUUUGCGACCGCUACGUAGUUAAAAAAUAUAUAAUGUGUUAAAGGUAAACCAAUUUCAACAAUAAGAACGAACUGCAAUAAUAAACUGAAUGUUUUGACAAAUUCUUAA